AUGGGCUUGUCCAAGCUCUCCGUCUCCCUGCUCGCCCUGGCCAGCAGCGCCGUUGGAGCUGAUCUUCCCGCCAUCACAGCCAAGGGCUCCAAGUUCUUCUACCCCAACGGCACCCAGUUCUUCAUCAAGGGUGUUGCGUACCAGCAGGAUGUUGGCCAGGCCGGCACCUCCAGCCCCUCUGGCAACGCCACCUUCAUCGACCCUCUGUCCAGCGAGGCCAACUGCAAGCGUGAUAUCCCUCUGCUGCAGCAGCUCGGCACCAACGUGAUCCGAACCUACGCCAUCGACCCCACGGCCGACCACUCGGCCUGCAUGGCCCUGCUCGAGGCUGCCGGCAUCUACGUCUUCUCGGAUCUGGGCGAGCCCUCCAUGUCCAUCAACCGAGACUCCCCCAGCUGGGACACCGACCUGUACGCCCGCUACACGGCCGUGGUCGACGAGAUGCAGAAGUACUCCAACGUCAUCGGCUUCUUCGCCGGUAACGAGGUCUCCAACGCCAAGAACAACACCGCUGCCUCGGCUUUCGUCAAGGCCGCUGUUCGUGACACCAAGGCCUACAUCAAGUCCAAGAAGUACCGCUGGAUGGGUGUCGGCUAUGCCGCCAACGACGACGUCGAUAUCCGCUCCCAGAUGGCCGACUACUUCAACUGCGGUGACCAGACCGACGCCAUUGACUUCUGGGGCUACAACAUCUACUCCUGGUGCGGCCAGAGCUCCAUGCAGAAGUCUGGCUAUGACACCGAGACCGCUUUCUUCUCCAACUACUCUGUCCCCGUCUUCUUCGCCGAGUACGGCUGCAACCUGCCUAGCGGUGCUGCCGACCGUAUCUUCCAGGAAACCGCUGCUCUCUAUGGUGACCAGAUGUCUGCUGUCUUCAGCGGUGGUAUCGUCUACAUGUACUUUGAGGAGGCUAACGACUAUGGUCUGGUCAAGGCCAGCGGCAGCUCCGUCACCAAGUUGAAGGACUUCAGCGCUCUCCAGGCUCAGGUUGCCAAGGUCGACCCCAAGGGCGUCGACUCCGCCGACUACAAGCCCUCCAACGUGGCCGCCAAGUGCCCUGCCCUGACUGCCAACUGGCAAGCCUCCGACAACCUGCCUCCUACCCCUGACGCUGGUCUCUGCUCUUGCAUGCAGGCUUCCCUGUCCUGCGUCCGCUCCUCCGGCCUCGCCACCAAGGACUACGGUGACAUCUUCAACUUCAUCUGCGGCAACAACCCAGCUGUCUGCGCCGGUAUCAACGGCAACGCCACCAGCGGUGUCUACGGUGCCUACAGCAUGUGCGACGACGGCGCCAAGCUCGACUACGUCCUCGACACCUACUACAACUCCCAGAAGAAGGCCUCGACUGCUUGUGACUUCAACAGCCAGGCCCAGAUCGUCAGCGCCAAGCCCGUCGCCACCUGCUCUGCUGCCCUGGCCUCCGCCAGCGCCAUCAACAAGCAGGCCGCCACUGCUACCGCCCCCGUCAACGCCGGUUCCACCGGUGGCAGCUCUACCAACGGCGGCUCCAGCACCAGCAGCAGCGCUGCCGUUGCUGGCCGCCCUGCUGCCUACCUGCUCAGCAUGGGCGAGCUGUCCAUGGCUCUGUACAUGGGUGUUGCCGUGCUCACCGGUGCUAGCAUGAUCCUGUUGUAA